CUGUCAAAAUACUUUCAAAUAGCUGUGUGUGGUUUACACGUGUUUUUAUUUAUCAAAUGAAAAAGUGAAAAUCUAACAAUGAAAAUUUUAUCAGAAGAUAGGACAAGAAUAUUAUUCGAAAAGCUAACAAAAUAUAUCGGCGUCAACGUAAAGCUUCUAAUAGACAGACCAGAUGGCACAUAUUGCUUCAGAGAAAAGAAAGACCGCGUGUAUUAUAUUUCAGAACGUUUACUGCAACUGGCACAAACCGUGAAGCCAGAUCAUUUGAUAUCAGCCGGAACGUGUUUCGGGAAGUUCACAAAGACGAAUAAAUUCAGGUUACAUAUCACAGCAUUGACGUAUAUCGCGCCGUACGCCCCUUACAAGUUAUGGGUAAAACCAUCAGCGGAACAACAGUUUUUAUAUGGCCACCAUGUUAUUAAGAGUGGACUUGGUAGAAUAACGGAAAAUACACCGAAAAAUCAAGGAGUAGUCAUUCUAACUAUGUCAGACAUUCCAAUAGGUUUUGGAGUUACAUCAAGAUCGACGACAGACUGCAGACACGCAGACCCCUUAGCGACUAUAGCUUUCCACCAAGCUGAUAUUGGAGAAUAUAUCAGAUCAGAAGAUACUUUGAUUUAAUAAAUAGAUUUUUUAAAUAUUGGU